AGUAGUUGAGAAAGGUAGAGUUGAUGUGGCAGCGGUUAUUUUGAUGUAGUUCAGGAAGAGGAGAACAUGUCUGUUGUGUCGUCAGUCAGCAACCUAACAUUACAAUCAACUUGCUAUCUGUUGAGGUAGUGAAUCUGUUGGGGUAAAUGGUUAGUUUAUUAGUUCCUGCCUGCAGGAAACUAUAGCCGAGGCCUCAAACAUUAACGUGUGAUUAAACUGAUCACAAGGAGCCAAUCACAAAUCACGUUUUUUCCAAUAUUCUUCUUUUAUCUUAUAUGCAACCCCGGAAACUUGCAUAUAUUUUACCGCAAAUGUUGCAUAUCAAAAUUUUUUGCGUUGCUUAUUGGAGUUGCAGGCGGCUUGCAGAGUCCUUCUCUAUUCCCAACUAGAGAGAACGACGCCUCCCAGGGUCUCUGGUAGUGACACCCUGAACAAGGCUAUAUUGCAGAAGGCUGCAGGUUGUAGGUGGCAUUUGCAAAGCAGUUCACGUGUGUUGUCUCUGCUAAAACAUUUUGUGUACAUGCAGGUUUUAUUUCAAUUGUAAAGAAUGAAGAAGGCUUUUGGGUCACCUCAAACACCAAGCAUCAGUACUCUUUCCAGAAGGCCUAAGAUCACACGCCCUCUGCGAAAGCAAUUGGCAACUCCAAUACAAAAUGGGGACAGGUUUAUUGCUAACAGAAGUUCCAUAGAUUUUGAUUGGGCUCGGUAUCUGGUAAAUAAAAGCAAUAUCAUUGGAAAUAAAGCCUCCAUGGAAGAAUAUGACAGGGAGCCAACAGCUAGUUUGGUGAUGGAUUCUAGUAAGAUGUCAAGAAUUUUGAGCUUUAGUAGAAAGCCCUCUGGACAGGGCUUGCAAUCCAUCUACUCCGAAGCUCCUUCUGUUGAUACUAGAGUCAGAACUAGCAGAUCACAGAGCCGCUACAUACCUCAACAUGCAGGGAGGACUGUGAAUGCCCCAGAUCUUGUUGAUGAUAAUCAUUUGAAUCUGCUGGAUUGGAGUGACAGCAAUAUUUUGUCUAUAGCACUUGGCAAUGCAGUUUACUUAUGGGAAGCAAACACAAGAACUACUUCUGAGCUAUUGACAGUAGAUAAUGAUGUUGGUCCAAUAGGCAGUGUCAAUUGGGCACCUGAUGGAAAACACAUUGCCAUUGGAUUGACUAGUUCUGCUGUACAGAUAUGGGACUCUACGUGCAAUCGACAGAAGGUUGCAGGGAGGAGGACAUCUGGAGUUUAUGGAAUCAGUACAGAAAAGAGCUCUGCAGUUUUUGAUAUUUAUGGGCUGUUUUUGCUGUUUGGUGUUCUCAAUGAGGAAUAUUAUAGGACAGAUAUAACAUUUAUGGGCAUCAUCAAGAGAAGGUUGGGUAUAGGAUCUUCACCACCAGACUGCAGAUCAAGAUGAAAUGGAUGUACUCCCUGCUUCAGUGUAACCAUUCCCAUCAAUCCAACCAGGACUAUGACUCCCAUGGAUUAUUAUCCAGAGGUUUGGAGAUGUAAAUGCAGAAAUAGGAUUUUCAAACCCUAGCCUACUCCUAGUCAGUGCCUCAACUUUUCUACUGGUUACUUUCUCACUUCUAUGAUGAAUAAUUAUUCUAUUUGUCAUUUUGUUUAUGAAGGUAUGUCAACUUUA